UGUUCUCUUUGAGGAAAUAUUGGGGGUGCCGUGGAAUCCACCGCAGCUAAAAUACUGGCUCGAUGAUGAAGCGGCGGAUGCAGUAGAGGAUAAUGAGGUGGAUGUUUCCAGUAGCGACGAUGAGAUUGAACUCUCCGAAGAAGCGCUGAUGCUCCUUGCAAUUCUGCACAAACAAGCCCCAUUCAUUGCAGACGAAAACGUGUAUGCGGCAAUACGACAAGUGCAAGAUGCCACAGAGGAUCGCGCCAUGGUGGAGUCUAUUCUUGCCACACUGCAGAUUCGCAAAAACGAGGAGAUGGAUGACCUUCUGCAGUAUUUCAUUGUAGAUGGUCCCGAAGAAACAACGGCACUUAUUCGUCCGCAAGAUGCCGUUCGUGCACUUUCGACGUUUCUCACAGAAAAGCAGCGGGAGAAGAAGCAGAAGGAAGAGGGGCAGAAGGAAUCGGCAAAGAGGAACAAAGAAAUGGCAAAGAUGAAGCUGGAGGAGCGUCGGCGUGCUGCUGAAAAGGAGUACUGGUUGCGCAUGGCGAGGUCGGUUCCAAAAGAGCACCAGCGUGUGUGGGGAGCACUUGAAAAAGGCCUGAAAUUGUACAUUGCCCAGCUCCAGCAACGGAAAAAUUUGAUUGUAGAUACCGAUUCACUGCGUGCGCAGAAUGCGGAGCUGCGUGCAUUACUUACGCAGUACCUGCAGAGUGACGUGAACUACCAGCUAUACAUACCGCCAAAAUUGCUGUUACAGUCCCGCGCCGCCUCAUAA